ACAUAUAAGGUAUCUGGAUGAUAAAGUAAGCUUUGACCAGGAAUUCGUGUUUUCACCGAAACAUCGUCUUCUUGAGUGUGUUCUUCAAUGUAUAUAUGUCAAAACCUGUGUAUCAGUCUUUUAUUCACCAUUGAUUUGUCGGGGUCAUUCAACAGCGUUUUCUCAGAAUUCUGCAAGCUUAAUCCAAAUGCAUGGAACGCGCUAUUUUCUUCUUGACCAAUUCCCGCCAACAACUGCAGAAAUGUCAACCCAAUGGAGUCAAAAGGAUACUACCUAUGCUGCGACUGAACCCUCUGUUAGCUCGAUGCUAGGUUUGUGCUAUUCACUGGAACAGCUUGGCUAUAUCUGGGAUUUUGUUUAUGGUAUAUGUUAUCAUCUUCAUGGAUCCAAACUUAAUGUCCUUAAUGCCACAGCAAAAUGUCAGUCAGAACACGCAAAGAGCCGCCUGUUGCUCGUUGACUCGGAUGAUACAUACAACUUUGCAGUUCAAGUAAUAGAUACAUACCGUGCGGGACCUAUCUACCUGCAGGGGACGCGAUCUGGUGGUUCUAAUUUCGUUGAUGAUGACGGACAGUUGAUGACCUACUUUAAAUGGGACGAUGGGGAACCCGGCAGUAAUGGCGACUACCUGCGGACGGACAAGGCCACUUGGUUGCAAGAGACUUCUACAGGAACGACAUCGUACAAAUUCAUCUGUCAUUUAUACUGA